GUGUUGCAGACGAGGAAAAAGAACACGGAGAAAACAAAAUCAAGAACUGAAUUAUAUUUUUUUAAAGUCAUAAGUCACUCGGCUCCGUAGAGCUCUCUGAGACAUUCAGCCUAUCAAUUAAACAUGAUAGAAGAAAAAAAUCAAUCCCGUAAAAAUGUUGAUCACUACGAGAAGCGUACGACAAGACUUGGAGAGCGUCUGACGCAAUCGAAAAUGGAAGAAGCAGCCAUAAAUCGAGCUAAUUGGGGUGACAUUUGUAACCAGGUUUAAAGCAAUUAGGAAUAAUUCCAAAGAAGAAGUCCUAAAUUGGUACAAAACGAUGUUGGAUACACUCGGAAAACUCUUGGAGAGGAUCAUCCUAACUAACCAAAUGUACGGAGAGUGAGCACGGAUUGUCGGAGAGGCAGUUCUGAUUCCGGAAAGGGAGAUGCAAUUCGGACAGUGGUCGAGAGAGCCGAGAAGGCAUCCAAACAGAAGCGGAGAGGAGAUCGAUAUUGAGCUGUGAUAACGAUCGACGUCAAGAAUGUGUUCAACAGCGCCAGCUGGGAGGCCAUCGCCGAAGUGCUGCAUAGAAUGAGGGUCCCUUACUACCGGUGAAGGAUCCUGAGGAGUUAUUUCCAGAACCGGGUUCUGGUCUACGAGACAGACAUGGGACAGAGAUCGAUUAGGAUCACAGCGGGAGUUCCACAAGGCUCCAUCUUUGGUCCAACGCUUUGGAACGGGAUGUACAAAAGCGUGCUAACGCUGAAGCUGCCGAAAGGAGCUGAGAUCGUUGGCUUUGCGAACGACGUCGUCUUGACCGUAACAGGUGAGACGCUGGAAGAGGUGGAAGCGUUGGCAACCGAGGCGAUUGACAGGAUUGGUAACUGGAAGCAAGGAGCGAAGCUGCAGAUAACCUCCCACAAAACGGAAGUGCUUUUGGUCAGUAACUGUAAAUCGGUGCAGCGUGCAGAAAUCACCGUCGGGGAGCACGCCAUAGCCUCGAAGCGCAUGUUGAAAUAUGUUCCGUUUAUUGUAAGAUAAAGUUUAGAAUCUUAAUUAAUAAAAUAAUAGCUCAAAAUGCAAUUAAAAUUGUACUCAGUGUAGUAACACGAUUAUUAUAGCAAAAAGUCCAAACCCCUUUCUGGUUUGAAAACGUAAGCACACACACAAGAAAUUGUCUUGCUCAUCUCUCGUGUUUGGCACCGUGGUGCGAGAUCGUUUUCCGUUCGAGACUACACGAAAGGAGGAGAACGCACGCACACGAACAACGACACCGUGACUGCCGUCUCGGUUCGGAGAAGAAAAGCAGCAAUAAAAAAAUAAUUGUUUUGUGGAACCGCCAUAGUGGCAUCUGGCAUAGCAAGUGGAAAAAGAGGUGCAAAAAGUUCCAGUACGAGUGCCGAGUGCCGAUAAAGGAAACGGGUAUCAGUAGGUCGGGUGGAAAAAAAACAGCCUUCCAAACCACUUUCAACGUUAACCGCCUGUAGGACGAACCUCACGAACCGACAGAAGACGGUCUCAUGAACUGGAUGUAGGUCGAACUCGUUUGGUCGAGGAAACUAGCGAGAUAUUUGCACGUUUUCGGUUAACUUCGGCAGGCAUCAGCGAUAUAACAAUCGAAAUACGGACGAUAAGAGCCGGUCGAUUCGGCUGGAAGAUGUUCACACGUACCGGUCACGAAACGGACUCUUGGUCAAGAACUCAGCGUAGUCGAAGACAAUUUUUCAAAUCGGCUUGAACAACUAUCAGUGAUCAACCAAUCGCUACACGGACCGCUUGGAAGACGACCGGAAGGUAACUGAAUUGGAACGAGAAAGAAGCGUCCCAAUUCGAGGGUGAGUUUCACGACACAAGUAUUAGCUCUGCCUAUAUUAAUAGAAAGCCUUUUCAGGGCGCUUUGUUUUGCCACGGUCUUAAGAUUCGAGAAAUGCGGGAAGGACAACGGACGUCGACGGAAUUGGACCACACGACGGUCAAAGACGGAAGUACGACGAGGACCGACUACGGAGGUCCAUGUGACGGCAAGCGAUUGGACCGCUCGACGGUCAAAGACGGAAGUGCGACGACGACCAACUACGGAGGCCCGUGUGACGGCGAACGAUUGUACCGUGCAGCGAGUGACCGGCAGGACGACGGUCUCAAACGGAAGCGUACGACGACGGCUAGCAACGUACAUUCGUGGGACGACGACUUAUCGCGAUCGUUCGUCGAGUUGCCGACCAAACGACGGCGGGAAGCUGGUGAAUCGCGAAAGCUCGUACGUCGACGAAGCUCAUGGGAGCCCCGAGGUCAUGCAGUAAGCCACUUAUGGGGUGUUUACACUUAUGCUAUUUCACUAGCGCUAAUGAGCCAGCUGCUAGCAAAAAAGCUCAAGCAUAAUGAAAACAGGGCAUCAGCGUCUACCAGCAUGAGAUUUCAGAAGCAACUGAAAUUAGUGCUAGUUGGCUAGUACACUAGCGCUGACAAAUCGUCACAGAUGUAAACACCCCAUUAGCGGCAAUAUCGAUAGCGAGUAGGAGAAAAUAGCUGGGAGUACGUUCCUAUAUACGUAAGGGGUGGACGCUCUGCGACGCCGAAGAAAAAAGAAAGAGGUUCGACGUUCCGACUCAUGACUCAUUAUCCAGAAUCCAAAAGACAAAAACAGUAGCACUUAAGCAAAGGCAGAAGCAACUCAUAGAAAAAUGACUCGUUUUUUUCUUCUAACUUGAUGGAUUCAGCGGUCCCUUUCCUUCAUCAAUCUAUCUUAUCAGUAUUUGGCUCUCAAGGAAAUCAAGCGCCAUUGCAGAUGGUACAAGCGAGCGUGAAUGAUUCCCUGGUGGACGAAGGGGAGAAAGCAGCAACAACUGGCGAUAUUCGACUCCUCUACGAUAUAUCACGACGGCAAAAUUAUCCUAAAUCGAAUACAUUAGAAGAUCUUCACGACUGUCCUGCGACAAGAUUCCUUGCCCGAAGAUAUGAUAUGACCAUAUUGUCACGCUCCAUAUUAUCCUGGAGCAGGUCAACGAAUUGUUUGGUAUUCAUUGACUACGAAAAAACUUUCGAUCAACUCAAUCGCGAGAAUAUCGGGGCCAUCCUGAGGCGCAUGCGGGUCCCACAUAAAAUCGUCAACCUCGUUGAUGCGCAGUAUGUAGCUUUCACGAGCUGAGUCGUGUAUAAUGGAUCCUUGUCCGACCCUAUCUGGAUAAUCACUGAUAUGAGGUAACGAUGUAUACCAUCACUACUAAUGUUUCUCACCGUAAUCGAAGAAAUCAUGUUACACCGACCAUUAGGGUGAUUCAUUUUGAAAAAAAUAA